AUGGCCGCUCCGGAUGAGGAGCAGAGGAAGAGGAUGGUGCGGGGAAUGCAGGCGAUGGGAUCAUGGAAUUCAUUUUCCAGCGAAGAGGAUGACGAUGAGCGCAGGAAUUCAGGUCUUUGGGCUGGUGGGAUUUAUUGUGAGAACGGCCUGCAACAGAGCCUGGCCAUGCACCAACAAUCUAUGCAAGGUGGGUUUGGGUUUGGUGGGGCAUCGGGUUCACAACAAACCAUUGGAACGUCAAAUACCGCAAAUGGUCUUGCACCAAAUUUCGCUGGUGGACAGAAUGGUGAAGGAUCAUUGAACUUCGAUUACAACCCUGCAGAUGCCAGUAGCGGGGAAGAGGAUGUAAAAAUACUUGCCAGGCAAUUCCAGAGCACGGGGCCUUUCGGAACACACAACAGCGAGGACGAAGAUAUCACAGGAUUUGGCAUGCGGGCGCCGAAUGCGCCAGGGUCCAACUCUGGAGUAAUGCUGCAGGGGCCGAUGUCCCCAGAAGGUAUUCCAUAUUUGUUCCCAGAAGGUGAAAGCAAGUUCAACGUUGCGAACCCACAACACAUGUCGAUGGAUGAUGCGCUUCCUUAUGUCAUGUGUUUUCCAGAGGACGUGGAGUCGUUCGUUUCCAGUGAGGAUUCUUCCUACUUCAACAGCGAUGAAGAACAGCCGCAGACAGAAAAGAGAGUCAGGCAGGCUUGUCAGGCUUGCAAGCAAAAGAAAGCAAAGUGUGACGACGAUACCCCAUGUGCUCGUUGCAUCGCAGAUCACCAGGAGUGUGUCAGGGAGGUGAACUUGCCAUACAGGCGCAUGAGGCAGAAACGAAGGGAGCAGACGAAGCUGGCAUGCAAGCCUUGCCGAAGGCGAAAGCUCAAAUGCGAGGAGAAUCGACCUUGCUGGAGGUGCUUGAGAGACGGCCAGGAGUGCAUUGACGACAAGAGGAAUCGAGACAAGAAGAGUGGCUCAUCAGAUGAGAGUGUGGAAGGUAGUAGCCAUGAAGCCGCUUCUCCUCAUGCGAUUCCUGGCCUACAGAUUGAGGAUUGA